CUUGCUUGUGUUGCAUCAUACCUUUUUUGUGUUCGUUGACCUAUAAUUACCACGAUCGAGUUGCUAGGUGGCGGGAAGUGCUGUGUGAAUAUCCAAGAAUGUUUUCCUGGAAAAGACUGUGCCUACUUUGACGGGCCCUCACAAUUGUUUGUUCCGGUUGGAGAUACUUUUUGGGAUGGAUGAUUUGGCACAGAGAUUGAUCAAUGAUCAUUGAUAUUGAGUUUUCGUAACCACUGCACACGAUUGAAGGGACUUCUUAUCAAGAUCACGUGUAUUAUUAUAACUAACGUAGUGCCAACAUCACAUGAUCUUGAAACGUUGAUCGAUAGUAAACAGUAGCAUCUGAUCAGUACUCAACGAUCGACGGUUCAGAUUAGAGCCUCCAAUUUACCGCAAUGCAGUUCCACAUCGUAUUAUUCAUGUUGGCAAUGCUGACAACGGCCCUGUGCAAGCCCGCUUCGGAGGAAUCCAAUGAACGGUACAGCUCCAAAGAACGGGACGCCAUCGAACAGUUGAAAGAACACUUUGAAGAUGCCUGCACCCGAAAUAGUGAUUCUGCCGUCACCUACGCCGAAGUCAUGGAAGCCGUUGCAGAAACUACCACUUGUUUCGGGUUCAAAGUAGAUUUCGGAAUUCUGCUGACCGAAUGGAGGAACCUCGACAAGACGAACAGAGCAGCAUUCUUCGAGAAAUACUGUCCAGUGAUUAAGAACAUUUCUACGGAAUGUCUCGAACCGGUGGGGGAGCUCAGCAAGCUGUGCUUGGACCCGGGAGCUCAACGCGUAGAGGCACCCGAUUUUCCUCUGUAUCUUUUGCCUCAGGUGGUGGAUUUGAUGUGCGAGGACAGUGGAGCCAUUUUGUUAGCUGGUAAUAGCGAAAAUCCAACCGAGUGCUUCGGAAACUACUUCAGCUACAUCCAGCGGUGUAUGAAGAACUAUGUCAGCGAAACAAACGCCAAAAGCCGACAGAAGUAUGCCGAGCCAGAGUGCAGAGUUCUGGAGGAGUCACGUGACUGCGUGCUGAAUAAGCUUUCCGAUUGUGGUAACUCGAAACUGAUACGGUUCUUCGAUGUGCCUUAUACAGCAAUAGUGAAGGAGACGGAGUGUAAAAAUUUCCUACGCAUUCCUGAAUUUUCGUAAGAGAUAAUUGUAACUAUUAAAUACAUAUUGUUGAAUAAAUUUCCUCUAUAAACACUCAUACAAUAGAA